CCUUUGUUUUCUCUGCCUCGUUCAUUCCACCCUAUCUUCUCCUCAUAUAAAUACUCCUAACUUCUUUCAAACUUUGCUACUACUCUUCUUUCUACACACUUCCUGUCACUUUUUUUCUCUUUGAUCUUUCUUUUGCCAUUGAUCAUGUCUCUUUUACAGAGCAACACUUUGUUUCUCUGCCUCUGCUUUUCCUCCUUCCUCUUUUCCCUCUCCACCCAGGAAAAGCAAAACGAACCCUUCUCCCUUUUCUUCCCACUCAAAACGGUUCGUCUUGGUUCUUCCCGAAAUGCUUCCACCACUUUUCGAGAUUCUCUUGUUUCUAAAUACAGGAAAAACACGAGGCCUAAAACGGCAUCGUAUAACUACAAGCUGUCGUUUCAGUAUUCGAUGGCUUUAAUCGUUUCUCUCCCUGUUGGAACUCCGCCGCAGACCCAGGAAAUGGUUUUGGAUACAGGGAGCCAGCUUUCAUGGAUUAAAUGCCACAUGAAGGCUCUCAAGAAAUUCCCUCCAACGGCGCCGUUUGAUCCGUCUAGAUCUUCCACCUUCUCUGUUUUGCCUUGCACACACCCUAUUUGCAAGCCUCGAGUUCCUGAUUUUACCCUCCCGACCACAUGUGACCAGAAUCGCUUCUGCCACUACUCUUACUUUUACGCUGACGGAACCUUCGCCGAGGGCAAUCUAGUAAGAGAAAAGUUCACAUUCUCUCGUUCUGUAACUACACCUCCUUUUAUUCUUGGAUGCGCCAAGGACCCGAGCGACACCAACGGCAUUUUGGGAAUGAAUCUGGGUCGUCUCUCUUUUGCAUCUCAAGCAAAAAUUAAUAAGUUCUCGUACUGCGUUCCGACUCGACAAACGAAACCCGGUUCUCUACCGACGGGGUCGUUCUACCUGGGCAAUAACCCAAACUCUCGUUGGUUCAAAUACGUCGACUUGUUGACUUUUCCAAAAGGUCUACGGGCGCCGAACUUGGAUCCAUUGGCUUUUACACUCCCGAUGCAGGGGAUUCGACUAGGCACCCAAAAGCUAAAUAUUCCACCGGCAGUGUUCCGACCCGAUCCAAGCGGAUCGGGCCAAACUAUGAUUGAUUCGGGCUCCGACUUCACAUUCCUGGUGGACGAAGCGUAUAACGCGUUAAGAGAGGAAAUUGUGAGACGAGUGGGACUCAAGAUGAAGAGAGGGUACGUGUACGCAGGAGUGACUGACAUGUGUUUUCAGGGCGCAGACACUACCGAAAUCGGACGGCUAGUGGGGGAUAUGGUUUUCGAGUUCGAUAAAGGAGUCGAAAUCGUGGCGCCGAAGGAGCGAAUCCUGGCGGAUGUAGGGGGUGGGAUCCAUUGCCUUGCUAUCGGACGGUCUAACAUGUUGGGAGCUGCAAGCAAUAUAAUCGGCAACUUUCAUCAGCAAAAUCUAUGGGUGGAAUUCGAUCUGGUGAGGCGCAAAGUUGGGUUCGGUAAGGCUGACUGUCGCCGUUCAGUGUAAGGAGAGUGAAUACUGAAUGAGUAUAGUAGAACAAGACUAUCAUAUAAAUUACAAAAAAGAAUAACACUGAUGUCCAAGUGGGAGGCUUACAUUUCAUUGUAAUAUGAAACGGUAUGGAAAUGCAGAUCCUACGGUUAGAGAUGAACGACAGUCUAGGCUUUCAGAUACAUACUUGUAUCAUUGUAUCAUAUUGUUGAGACUAAUGUAUAUAAGAGGAUACUUAAUUACGUUUCUUUAAGUAACUAGGAAACAAAUUCGCGUGUGUUUAUAUAUGUUAUUUAUUGAUAAUUAAGUUAUAAAAAUGUAUUAAAGUUGAUAUUUUUUUUUAAUAAUAUGAGUAAUUAUG